CCAUUAUCAAUUACCCUUGGCUUCAUUUCAUCAACGCGUUCUACCUCUAGUACUAGUUCUACCCCUCUCUCUCUCUCACACACACACCUUUUCAAAAAUCAAUUGUGCUUAAAUCAAAUGUUCCUCUUAACGUUGCUCAACUCAACUACUUAGCCACGCAUGCCAAAAGCAUUGCAUAACAAAACCAUUUUACAUUCCUUUUUGAAAAAAAAUUCAGAAAAUUAGAAAGAGAUAUUGUUAUUGUGUGUGAUCAAUGAAUGGCAAUUCCAAACACCAGCGCCGAUGGGCGUCUGACUCCGUUCCCGGAAAAUCAACCGUCAGCGCCGGGACUUCUCCGGGGAGUGACUCCACUUUCGCCGGCGACGAGUUUGUCGAGGUCACUCUUGAUCUUCGAGACGACGACACAAUCGUGCUUCGGAGUGUCGAGCCGGCGUCUGUUAUCAACGUCAUCGACGACGGCGGCGCGUCUAGCAGCGGAUGUGAAACUCCGGCGGCAGUUUCUCGGUCGCCGACGAUCCGGAGAACCUCGUCCAGAGGCUUGCGGCACUUCUCCCAAGAACUGAAGGCUGAGGCGGUUGCCAAGGCCAGGCAAUUCUCGCAGGAGCUCAAAGCGGAGCUGCGGCGAUUCUCAUGGAGCCACGGCCACGGUUCGCGCGCUUCGUCUUCCUCUGCUCCGAACGGCACCGGAGGUGCCGGCGGCGCCGUUGAAACGGCGCUGGCUGCAAGAGCUCUACGGAAGCAGCGCGCUCAGCUUGAUCGCACUCGCUGCGGUGCUCACAAAGCGCUCCGUGGUCUCAGAUUCAUCAGCAGUAAAUCCAACGGCGUUGAUCCGUGGAUCGAAGUGCAGAGGAACUUCGAUACGCUUAGCAGUGACGGUUAUCUCUAUCGCGACGAGUUCGGUCAAUGCAUAGGGAUGAAAGAUUCGAAGGAAUUCGCACUGGAAUUGUUUGAUGCGCUGGGACGUAAACGGAGAAUGAAGGUUGACAAGAUCAGCAGGGAUGAACUGUACGAUUUCUGGUCACAAGUUACCGAUCAGAGUUUUGAUUCGCGGCUUCAGAUCUUCUUCGACAUGGUGGACAAGAACGAAGAUGGAAGAAUCGGUGAAGAAGAAGUAAAAGAGAUCAUCAUGUUAAGUGCUUCUGCAAAUAAGUUAUCAAGAUUGAAAGAGCAGGCUGAAGAAUAUGCAGCUCUUAUCAUGGAAGAGUUAGACCCCGAAAGACUUGGCUACAUCGAGCUAUGGCAAUUGGAAACGCUUCUUUUACAAAAGGACACAUAUCUCAACUACAGCCAAGCUCUCAGCUACACUAGUCAAGCUUUGAGCCAGAACCUACACGGGCUAAGGAAUAAAAGUCCUAUACGUAGGGUAAGCCGCAGGUUGAUAUACUAUUUGCAAGAGCAUUGGAGGAGACUUUGGCUUUUAACAUUGUGGGUUUGCAUAAUGAUUGGGCUGUUCACUUGGAAGUUUCUUCAGUAUAGGCAAAAAGAUGCCUUUCAUAUCAUGGGUUACUGUCUUCCCACAGCCAAAGGUGCUGCUGAGACUCUGAAGUUCAACAUGGCACUUAUACUCUUCCCAGUCUGCAGAAACACCAUAACUUGGCUCAGGUCUACCAAGCUGUCUUACAUUAUACCUUUUGAUGACAACAUCAACUUUCACAAGACAAUUGCUGGAGCCAUCGUGAUUGGUGUUAUACUUCAUGCUGGGGAUCACCUUGCUUGUGAUUUUCCAAGACUUGUAAGUACGUCUGAAGCCAAGUAUCAGACUUAUUUGAAAGAUGUAUUUGGUAAACAUAAACCCAGUUACAUAGACAUAGUCAAAGGGAUCGAGGGUGUGACUGGAAUUUUGAUGGUGGUUUUUAUGGCAAUAGCAUUUACGCUUGCAACCAAAUGGUUCAGGAGAAAUCUCAUCAAGCUACCUAAACCAUUUAGUAGGCUAACUGGCUUCAAUGCCUUCUGGUAUUCACAUCAUCUGUUUGUCAUUGUAUAUGUCCUGCUCGUCAUCCACGGAGAAAAACUGUACAUCGUGCACAAAUGGCACUUGAAAACGACAUGGAUGUAUCUUGCAGUUCCAGUUUUACUUUAUGCGUCAGAAAGAAUACUCAGAUUAUUUCGUUCUGGUUUAUACACAGUCCGUCUUAUAAAGGUGGCCAUAUAUCCUGGAAAUGUUCUCACAUUACAAAUGUCUAAGCCUCCUCAAUUUCGGUACAAGAGCGGACAAUACAUGUUUGUACAAUGUCCUGCUGUUUCUCCUUUUGAGUGGCAUCCGUUUUCAAUUACCUCAGCCCCUGGAGAUGAUUACCUGAGUGUUCACAUUCGGCAACUGGGCGACUGGACUCAGGAGCUUAAAAGAGUGUUCUCUGAAGCCUGUGAGCCUCCUGUGUCCGGUAAGAGUGGACUUCUCAGGGCUGAUGAAACCACAAAGAAAAGUUUGCCGAAGCUAAAGAUAGAUGGUCCUUAUGGUGCACCAGCACAAGAUUACAAAAAAUAUGAUGUUUUGUUGCUUGUUGGUCUCGGAAUAGGAGCAACACCUUUCAUCAGCAUUCUAAAAGAUCUUAUCAACAACAUUAUCAAAAUGGAGGAGCUGGCGGAUUCAAUCUCUGAUAUAAGCAGAGGUUCAGACCUUAGUGUUGGGAGCACCGAGUCACCUUCUCCUAAUAAAGUUGCUCCAAAACGGAAGAAAACACUAAAGACCACUAACGCAUAUUUCUACUGGGUUACAAGAGAGCAGGGCUCUUUUGAUUGGUUCAAAGGAGUCAUGAAUGAAGUAGCUGAGCUUGAUCAAAGGGGUGUCAUUGAGAUGCACAACUACUUGACUAGUGUAUACGAGGAAGGCGAUGCUAGAUCUGCUCUCAUUACCAUGGUUCAAGCACUCAACCAUGCCAAAAACGGAGUUGACAUUGUUUCUGGGACUAGUGUGCGAACUCAUUUUGCCAGGCCUAACUGGAAGAAGGUUUUCUCUAAAAUGUGUUCAAAGCACUACAAUGGACGAAUAGGGGUAUUCUAUUGUGGUGCACCAGUUUUGGCCAAAGAACUUAGCAAGCUUUGCUUCGAGUUCAAUGAAAAAGGUCCAACAAAAUUUGAGUUUCACAAGGAGCAUUUCUAAGUAAUUUGGACGAUCUCUGCCGUCUGUAAUUAGUAUUAACACAGUCACAUCACGUAUUAAUUCGGUCAAUUUGACAAGUUGGCGUGGCCAGAUUACAUGAUUAUGUUGGCCAGAUUAUAUGAUUAUGUUCAAUAAGCCAAAGCAUUUUUCUAUAGAAUGUGAAGCAUUGUACAUACGGGACAGCAAAAUUGCUUGGCAUUUCAUCAAACAUGUGACUGCAGAGCAAAAGAGACAAGCGCAGCUUAUUUGCUACCACAUAGAGUGCGAUACAGCUACGUCGGAGACGAUGAUCAGAUUGGGAGCCACAGCUGUUAUUGGCAGAUAGGUCCAUUGUGAAUAGGAUAUGGACAAUUUUGAUAAAAGUGACUGGUGAAUGGGAUUGGGGGGGCUUUUUGGAGAGUAACUUCUUCAUUUUUCUUGUAGUGAAUUAUAGGAUAUUGAGUAACCAUAUCAUUAUACUUGUUUUUUACUCUCUACUAAACAUAAGAGAGUAAACAUCAAAUGGUCAGUUUCAGACUCACUCCUGUCAUAUGCCUAAUUAGGGUUAGGGAAAACCAGUGGUGAUUGGUGAACGCGAAUCAAACAAAUGGGCUGAUGAAAUGUUGAUAUCAUAAUAUGCUAUACUGAAAUUUAUUACAUGAACUUGCUUAUUUCUCA